AUGAUGAUGAAUUUUUAAAUCAUUAAAAUGCAAGAAUUUUGUCUACUGUUUUUAGUUUUUUAUUUAUUAGUAUCGUCAGCAAUGAUCGAAGAAAAAAAGGAAGAUAAUUUUUCUAAACUAUCAAAAAUUCUGGUACAUAUUAUAAAAUCUUGCGAAAAAGAUUAUCACGCUGCUGUCAUUAACAACCGGACAGAUAAAAGUGUAAGUAGACACUUGGGCAACUUAGAAUCAGUUGCUGUUAAUUUCCAAGAUAAUUUAUUAGUAUCGAUAUUUGAUGAUGAUUUCACGAAGGGCAAAGGAAAAAUUGAUUUAUUUAUCGCAACUAUUGAAAAUUCGGUUGACGAAUUAAAAAAAAUGUUGCAUCAACUUAAAUUUUCUCGUUGGUGGGAUAUAAUGAUGCCUCAUUUUAUAAUAAAUGGGUCGGAUAAUGGCUGCAAACACGCCUCUACUGCUCUGAACAUGAUUUGGCAAAUGAACAUACUGAAUUGUUACUACAUAUGUUUUGAUUCUGAAGGAAAACCUUUUAUCUAUACUUUUAAUCCGUAUUCAAGUCGAGCUCCUGAUCAAUGGAAAAUAGUCGAAGAAGUAUCAAAUGCGUCAUAUUAUAUGGCAAUUUACAAUCGAGUGUAUGACGAAGCCAAAAUCUGCAAAGGUUUUAAUUUUGAUCGAACUAAGCAUGUCGAUAAAAUUCAGCUAAACAUUACAAUCCCUUCUCGGAAAUCAGACGACUAUAAAGAUGGAUUGCACAUUAUCGCAGCAAUGAAGACUGUAUUCAAUAUUUCUCUCACAGAAAUGUCUACUGGAUGUAAAAGGUCAAUUUAUUUGCAGUACUUAUACCGUAUGGAAAAUUUCACAGGCGUUUUGUGGUGCUCAAUAAGCUCCGAUGACUAUUUUAAUAGAUAUGAGAUGCUAAGAGCUAGCUAUCCUGCAAGCCUUGAAGGCCUGUACAUCUUAACGAGCAAUCAAAGAUACCUCUUGCCUUUAGAAAAAAUCCACACAUCCUUCGACUUAUCACUAAUUCUAGGAACAAUCAUAGUUUCUAUCAUUACCUAUUUAGUAAUUUUAUUUACAAAUUCGAAUCGAAGCUACUCAUUUACGACUUUUGAAAUAAUUCGCUUGUGGAUUGGAGUUUCAUUGAACACCAGAAUAAACUCUUUACAUCUAGGAAUUUUUUUCAGCUUAAUAUUUAUUUACUUUUUGGUAAUGCAAAUGACACUUCAAGGAGAUUUUGUGGAUUGUUUGUCAAAAACUAAGCUAGGAAAGAACGUAAAUUCUCUAUCGGAUUUACGGAAUAAUUAUUAUCAGAAAAUAUUCAAAACUUAUGACGUAGACAGAGAUGUUUUUAAACACGAAAAUAUUGUAAAGGCGAAAAUACGAAAAUAUAGUUUGUUUGAUAGAAAGUGUGUAGAACGAGUUAUAAAAGAUUCAUCAAGUGUUUGCAUCGCUUAUUUUAAUGCGUUAAUGUCAGAGUUAAUGCGAAGAAAAUUGGCUAAAAAAACUUUACAAAGUUUGCAUUUGUCUAAAUAUUCAAUAGUCACUCGUGUAAGGAAUUAUUUAACACCUGCUGAGUGGCCAUUAAAAAUGAAGUUUAAUAAAUUUCUUAUGUUUGUAGAUAGUUCUGGAAUAAAUGCAAAAACAGAAGCUAAUAAACUUGCGGGGAUUAUAUCGAACUUACAAACUUCUGAAUAUAUUGCGAGCUUCAAACCAAUUUCUCUAGAUUCUUUAUCUUUCUUUUUCUUCUUUUGGUUUGCUGGAAUAACACUAAUAUCGUCGGCAAUGAUCGAAGAAAAAAAGGAAGAUAAUUUUUCUAAGCUAUCAAAAAUUCUGGUACAUAUUAUAAAAUCUUGCAAAAAAGAUUAUCACACUGCUGUCAUUAACAACCGGACAGAUGAAAGUGUAAGUAGGCACUUGGGCAACUUAGAAUCAGUUGCUGUUAAUUUUCAAGAUGAUUUAUUAGUACCGAAUUUUUGGGAUAAUAUAAAUUUUAAUACAGUCAUGCAUAGUAAAGGAAAAAUUGAUUUAUUUAUCGCAACUGUUAAAAAUUCGGUUGACGAAUUAAAAAAAAUGUUGUAUCAACUUCAAUUUUCUCGUUGGUGGGAUAUAAUGAUGCCUCAUUUUAUAAUAAAUGGGUCGGAUAAUGGCUGCAAACACGCCUCUACUGCUCUGAACAUAAUUUGGCAAAUGAACAUACUGAAUGGUUACUACAUAUGUUUUGAUUUUAAAAGAAAACCUUUUAUUUAUACUUUUAAUCCGUAUUCAAAUCGAGCUCCUGAUCAAUGGAAAAUAGUCGAAGAAAUAUCAAAUGCAUCAUAUUAUCUGGCUACUUAUAAUCGGCAGUAUAACAAAGACGAUAUCUGCAAGGGUUUUAAUUUUGAUGUAACCAAGUAUGUUGACAAAAGUCCGAUAAACAUACAUGUCCCAUCUGAAAAAUUAGAAGCUUUACAAAAUGGAGAACACAUUAUUAAAGUGAUGAAGAAUGUUUUCAGUGUCAAUAUUACUAAAAUAUCAGCUUGUUCGGGCUCAAUGUAUGAUGCCAUAUCUUUUGACAGUAACCGCACACACGUUUUGUGGUGCACUUACCCAUUAGAUAGAUAUUGGAGGGAAAUAAUUAGCUAUAUUACAGUCCGUGAAGGUCUAUACAUCUUAUCGAACAAUCAAAGAUAUUUAUCACCCUUAGAAAAAAUCCAUAUAUCCUUCGACUUAUCACUAAUUUUAGGAACAAUUAUUAUUUCGAUCAUUACUUAUGUAGUUCUUCUAUUCGCGAAUUUUAAUCGAACGUGUUCAUUUUCCACAUUUGAAAUAAUUCGCUUGUGGAUUGGUGUUUCAUUGAAUACCAUAAUGAACUCUCAGCCUUCACGAAUAUUCUUCAGUUCUAUAUUUAUUUAUUUUUUGGUGAUGCAUAUGACACUUCAAGGAGAUCUUGUGGAUCGCUUAUCAAAAUCAAAAGUAAGAGAAAACGUUAAUUCUCUAUCGGACUUACGAAAUAAUUAUUAUCAGAAAAUCUUUAGAACUUAUGACGUAAGUACAUAUGAUUUUGAACACGAAAGUAUUGAAAUUGCAAAAAUACUUGACACUAGACGAUAUCAAUAUAGAGAGUGUGUGGAAAAAGUUAUAAAUGACCCAUCAAGUGUUUGCAUCGCAUACUAUAAUACUUUAUGGUCAGAAUUAAUUAAAAAUAAAUUUUCUGAAAACACGCUAAAAAGUUUGCACUUAUCGAAAUAUCCGAUAAUAACUCGUCCUCGCGGUUGUAUAAUUCCUGUUAAUUGGACAUUGAAAAAAAAAUUUAACAACUUCCUUAUGGCUAUAGACAGUUAUGGAAUGAACACCAAAAUGGAAGCUAAUAAUAAAUUUGUAGGAACUAUAUCUAAUUUACAAACAUCUGAAUAUGUUGCGAGCUUCAAACCAAUUUCUCUAGAUUCUUUAUCUUCUUUUUUCUUCUUUUGGUUUGCUGGAAUAACAUUAAGUUUUAUAUGUUUUCUCAUCGAAACUUUUGAUGGAUUUAAAAAAUAUUUAUCAAACUGUAUUGUAUCGUCGGCAAUGAUCGAAGAAAAAAAGGAAGAUAAUUUUUCUAAACUAUCAAAAAUUCUGGUACAUAUUAUAAAAUCUUGCGAAAAAGAUUAUCACGCUGCUGUCAUUAACAAACGCACAGAUGAAAGUGUAAGUAGACACUUGGGCAAUUUAGAAUCAAUUGCUGUUAAUUUUCAAGAUAAUUUAUUAGUAUCGAUAUUUGAUGAUGAUUUCUCGUAUGGUAAAGAAAAAAUUGAUUUAUUUAUCGCAACUAUUGAAAAUUCGGUUGACGAAUUAAAAAAAAUGUUGCAUCAACUUAAAUUUUCUCGUUGGUGGGAUAUAAUGAUGCCUCAUUUUAUAAUAAAUGGGUCGGAUAAUGGCUGCAAACACGCCUCUACUGCUUUAAAAAUGAUUUGGCGAAUGAACAUACUGAAUGGUUACUACAUAUGUUUUGAUUUUAAAAGAAAACCUUUUAUUUAUACUUUUAAUCCGUAUUCAAGUCGAGCUCCUGAUCAAUGGAAAAUAGUCGAAGAAGUAUCAAAUGCAUCAUAUUAUCUGGCUAUUUAUAAUCGGCAGUAUGACAGAGAUGGUAUCUGCAAGGAUUUUUAUUUUGAUCGAACCAAAUAUGUUGAAAAAUUCCUGAUGAGAAUUGGUAUUCCAUCUCAGAUGGAGAAUCUUCAAGGUGGAUCGUACAUUAUUUCAGCAAUGAAGAAUGUUUUCAAAUUAUCUCUCGUUAAUAUGACUUUUUUAUGUUAUACUCGAGAAUAUUGGUGGUUUUUUUAUUUGCAUGCGGAAGACGAAUUAGACAUUUUAUUGUGUCCAACAUAUACUGAACAUGAUAAAUGGAAGGAUGAAUUUUUAAGAGCUAGUUAUCCUACAAAUAUUGAAGGAGAUCUUGUAGAUUGCUUAUCUAAAACAAAGUUAGAAAAGAACGUAAAUUAUCUAUCGGAUUUACGAAAUAAUUAUUAUCAGAAAAUCUUUCUAAAUGAUCAGGUACCCUUAGCAGUUUUUGACGACGAACUCAUUCUUAAGACGAAGAUACAAGCUGAUAGUAAAGAUAACGUUACGUGUAUAGAAAAUGUUAUCAAAGACCCAUCAAAGAUUUGCAUUACAUAUUAUAAUGAUGUAUUGUUAGAGUUACAGAAAAAUAAUUUUACUAAAAACGCUUUAAAAAGUUUGCAUUUGUCUAAAUAUUCAAUAAGCACUCGUCUUGGCAGAUAUGCAACUCCUUUUGACUGGCCAUUGAAAAAAAAAUUCGACAACCUUCUUAUGUCUAUUGAAAGUUAUGGGUUAAACUUAAAAACAGAAGCUAACAAUCGUGCACGUCUUAUGUCUGAUUUACAAACAUCUGAAUAUGUUACGAGUUUCAGUCAAAUUUCUUUAGAUUCUCUGUCUUUUGUUUUCUUCUUUUGGUUUGCUGGAAUAACAUUAAGUUUUAUCUGUUUUUUCUUCGAAACUUUUGAUAUAUCCAAAAAAUAUAUAUUGAACUGUAUUUGUGCAACAAAGAAAGAAAUAUUUAAAUUUGUAACCAACAUACUGAAAUUUUUGAAAAAUGUUAAAAGCAAAAUAGUAUUGUUCAGCGUAUACUUGGCUGAGGAAAUACGCGUGCCUCCGGAUCUACAUAUCUAG